AUGGCGCCGCGAGCUUCAACUCGUGUGAGCAUCCGAUGGCCACCUGCUCCUGCUUCGGAGCCAACGGACACCCUGGUCUUGAGUGUGGGCGGUUACUACGUUGAUCUGAGAGUCAGGAAGAGUGAUGGAGAGAUCGAUUGGGCGUUAGCAGGGGAGAGGAUUGUAGACCCUCAACAUUCUGCCAAAGUCAAAUUCACGCACAUCAUAGACUCCCACCACAACCCCAGCUCAUCCGAGCCGGAGCCCGCCCCAGACGUUGGCGAUUUCAUCAAACUCCCCAACGGCGAUGACCUCGAGACAGGCGAGAUGCCAAAUCCCGAUGCCGGUGGUCAAGUCAUGCCCUACGAGGAGAUAUGGCGGGAACUCAAAUGGCCCACCGGCAACUCCUGCUGGUUUCUAGAAAGCGUCGACUCCCAUGAUGCCGAGAAAGGCACCGCUACCACCACAAGGAGGACCAAGACCUUCCACGCAAAGGUAGGAAACUACUAUCUCGCAUUACGGCAAGUGAUCAACGGCGAGGACGUGACGUUUGUCGCUCUACGUCAAGAUUAUCAUAUCGACGACGAGGAGGGAAAGGGAUGGAAAACGAUUUAUGAGAUUGGGAAGCAACAGCAGCAGCUUCAGCUCGAUCGUCUCACGGGGAUCGACGAGAGGCUGGGGACAGAGGCGACGGGCUGGAGGGUGGGCGAGAAGGUGGUUGUUGGAAACGAAAGUUAUAUCGUGAGAGCUUCAGAGUAA